AUGGCUUUUAAAGCAACCGAUAUCUCACAAGAAUUGAGACCAAUUACGAAUUGUGAUAACAUACCUAACGAUAGUGAAGAUUCAAAUUUAAGUGAAACGUCUGAUUUUGAGUUUCUAUCAACACAAAAUAAUGAUUUAGAUUUCAAUGAGACAGAUGAAUCGGAAGAAGAAAAUAUCAAUAAUGAAAAAGAAAUCGUUAGAAGAAAAAUGGUUUGGAAAAUUUGCUUAACAAAUUUACCGUUAAUUAUUCCAAAGUGGAAAGGAGAAAUUCCAACGGUUGAUAAAGUUAAAAAACCAAUGGAUUAUUUUAACAUAUAUCUCAAUGAAUUAAUACCUCUUAUUGUUUACGAAUCAAAUUUAUAUGUCAUUCAAUCACGUCUGUACUGGGCCACUAAUACAAGACAGGCCAAGGUGGCAGAUGUCAUGACCCUUAAUCGCUGGGAACAAAUAAAAUCAUUCAUUCAUAUAAAUGAUAAUGACAAAUUUAUUCCACUUGGAAGUGAAGGCCAUGACCCACUUCAUAAAAUUAGACCCCUAAUAACUCUAACCAAUAAUAUACUAAAAUCUUUAUCGAUAGGCGAAAACAUUUGCGUAGAUGAGCAAAUUAUUCCAUACAAAGGGAUGAGCAGGUUGAAGCAAUAUAACCCUCAAAAGCCCCAAAAAUGGGGGUAUAAAGCCUUUCUACUAUGCGGAGAUGAUGGCCUUCUGCAUAAUUUUGAAGUAUAUUCUGGGAAGAUACUACCAGCGGAAGGAUUGCCUGAUGUUGGAGCAAGUGGCAAUGCUGUGCUUCGUUUAUUUUCUUAUAUACCGCAGCAAAUUAAUUAUAAAUUAUUUUUUGAUAACUGGUUAUGUUCCCCAAAUUUACUAGUCGUACUCGCUCAAAGAGGGAUAUUUUUCGUGGCCACGGUCAGAGGUAAUCGACUUCCAAAUAUAAACUUCCCAACAGAUAAGGAGUUAAAAAAAAGGCGAGGAUUUUUUGUUUAA